CGGAACUGACGCACAUAGACGAGGCUACCUUCUGACAGCAUAUUUUCGCCUUUCGCUUAUUCUUUUUAAUUAUAUUUCUUUAUAUAUAGGCAUAAUCAUGUCUAUAUUUACGCCAACAAACCAAAUACGACUGACAAAUGUGGCGGUGGUGAGGAUGAAAAAAGGAGGGAAGAGGUUUGAAAUCGCCUGCUACAAGAAUAAAGUUAUGAGCUGGAGAUCAGGAGUGGAGAAGGAUCUGGAUGAAGUUUUACAGACACAUUCUGUUUUUGUAAACGUAUCCAAAGGUCAAGUGGCGAAGAGGGAUGAUUUGUCCAAAGCUUUUGGUACAGAUGAUCUAACAGAAAUCUGUAAACAGAUCUUGGCUAAAGGCGAGCUUCAAGUGUCAGACAAAGAAAGGCAGAGUCAGCUGGAGACAAUGUUCAGGGACAUUGCCACUAUUGUUGCUGAAAAGUGUGUCAACCCUGAAACCAAGAGGCCGUACACUGUCAGUCUGAUUGAACGGGCCAUGAAGGACAUCCACUACUCUGUUAAGGCCAACAAAAGCACAAAGCAGCAGGCUCUGGAAGUGAUCCGGCAGCUGAAGGAGACUAUGGAGAUCCAGAGAGCCCACAUGAGGCUGAGGCUGGUGCUUCCAGCCAAAGAAGCCAAGAAGCUGAAGGAGAAGCUCAAGCCACUGCUGCAGGUUGUGGAAAGUGAGGACUUUGACGAGGAGCUGGAAAUGGUGUGUCUGGUCGACCCCGGCUGCUUCAGGGAGAUCGACGAGCUGAUCCGAUGUGAGACCAAAGGCCGAGGUUCUCUGGAAGUCCUCAAUCUGAAGGACGUGGAGGAAGGAGACGAGAAGCUAUAGUGGCCUGAUGAAGUCAGGACUCUGAACUUAACCUUCACUAACUCACACCGCUGUGGCACAUAAACCCUGCAUUAACAUUUAUAUUACUCCAUAUGUUAGUACUCAAACAUAGGUGUAGUGGUUCUAUAACACUGGGAUGAAGUACUAACAUAUGGAGUAAUAGAAAAAUGUUGUGAAACUACUACAUCUGUGUCGAAGUACUAACAUAUAAACAGCAAUUUUCCAUUAUAGAAGCAAUUUAAGACGGGAUUGAAGCUAAAUCAGUCAUUCCUAUCCCCCCACCUCAGGAUAUUUUAAGAAUUUGACUGAAUAUUACUUAAUCCUUGUUGGGAACAGUUUGAUAAUACAGUUUAAACUGGAAAUAGCAGGUCAGUAAAUGUUUCAGAUGGCCUGUAUUCAGUUAUUUAUUAAGUUUUUUCUGAACCAGCAGCAGUUCUGUGCACACCUCCCAGUUCCAUGCAUUAUUAUUUUGUUAUUUUUAUGAAUAAAUAUGGAACUGCA